CUCGGACACGAUGUGCACCACCAACGUCUACACCUACGUCUACUCAGACGGCCACAAGGAACAGUCGCGCCAGCCCGUCCUCUGCCACAAGUCGCAGCACGGCCAGCCCUGUGCCAACAACGUCGUCUUCCAGCACCCCAACCAGUUCAUCCAAUACAACGACUCAGUACUUGGCACUUCGCCCAGCUCUCCGUUCGUCAGCCAGUUCCCGCCUACGCCCACUUAUAGCCCGCGGUCCGGUACACCAAACUACCGCUCCGGGGACGAGUCAGACCGGUCGCGCCGCAGCAACUCGAGCACACGGCGUCGCUCCUCCAGCCUCUACAUCAACGGACAGAAGGUCAUUGACCUGGAUCGCCAUAAUGCAGGCUCACGGCGUGAGCGCAUCGUCCUGGUAGAGGGGCCGCCCACCCCGCGAACUCCUCCGACCUCUUUCAACUUUCCCAACACAGCGCCGCCAUCGCCCAAUGCCAGCGCCAAUGCUUUCGCCUCUCCUUCCAUCUAUGGCUCUUCUCCCCGGGAAUCCCACUCCAGCUUCUCUCGCCGGCCCGUCAUUGUCGAUGAGCGGACGCGACCGGAGCGAGUGGAGCGAGUGGAGCGGGUAGAGCGACCUCGUAUCCAGGUUGAGGUGGUCGAGGCAGUUCCCUCAAGCCGAGCUUCCAAGCAUGAGCGCCACUCCUCCACCAGCUCUCGCGACAGCCACGGACGGAGCAGCGCAGAUGAUGAAGAGACAAUGCGACGCCGCCGCGAGCGAGAAGAGCGACGGGUCGAGAAGCAGCGAGAUGAAGAGGAAGAGCGACAGCGCCGCAUCCGCCUGCGCAUCGCCAAGGCCAACGCCGAGAUCAACAAGCGGCCCCCGGUGCCGAUGCCUCCGGCGCCCCUGCGCGCAUCGUCCUUCAAGGCUGCGGCCGGUGGAGACGACGAUGCCAACGUCAAGAAGCUGACGGAGAGCGUGCGGCGCAUGAGCUUUGAGGAGGAGCGCCGCGAGGAAAAGGCCCGGCUCAUCGCCCGCAAGGACGAGCAGCGCGAGCGCGAGGAAGACGAGGCCCAGCGCCAGCGGCUCGCCGAGCGCAUGAUGCCGCGACGCCGGUCCACCGUCUCGGCGGGCAGCCGUCGCCACAGGGUGGUGUACGAUGACGGUGCCUACCGAUGGGAGUAAAGGCGAUGAU